AUGGAGGCUAAAGCCAUCCGUUUCAUCUACAGCAGGAGGUGUAAAGGUAAGACACAGACAACGUGUACUGUUAGACUGGCCACGGUCACCAGACCGGCCACGGGCCACGGUCACCAGACCGGCCACGGUCACCAGACCGGCCACGGGCCACGGUCACCAGACCGGCCACGGGCCACGGUCACCAGACCGGCCACGGUCACCAGACCGGCCACGGGCCACGGUCACCAGACCGGCCACGAGAUCCGGGCCCAGCUGGUGGAGCAGUUGAAGUGUCUGGACCAGCAGUGUGAGCUGAGGGUGCAGCUGCUGCAGGAUCUGCAGGACUUCUUCAGGAAGAAGGCGGAGGUCGAGAUGGACUACAGUCGUAACCUGGAGAAACUGUCUGAGAGGUUCCUUACGAAGACACGCAGCACCAAGGACCACCAGCUCAAGAAGGAGCAGAGUGUGCUGUCUCCAGUUAACUGUUGGAACCUGUUGUUGAGUCAGGUGAAGAGGGAGAGCCGAGACCACGCUACCCUGUCUGACCUCUACCUCAAUAACAUUAUACCGCGCUUCGCCCAGGUCAGCGAGGACUCCGGACGACUCUUCAAAAAGAGUAAGGAGGUUGGUGUCCAGCUUCAGGAGGAUCUGAUGAAGGUUCUGAACGAGCUCUACGCGGUGAUGAAGACAUACCACAUGUACAACACAGACAGUAUCAACUCUGAGAACAAACUGAAGGAUGCAGAGAAACAGGAGGAGAAGCAGAUGGGGCGCUCUGGUCGCCAGGACGACAGACAGACUCCCAGGUCACCUGACACACUGGCCAGCAUCAAGACGGAGGAGAAACAUGUCCGACGCUCCUCAGUCAAGAAGAUAGAGAAGAUGAAGGAGAAGAGGCAGGCUAAGUACACAGAGAACAAGCUGAAAGCAAUCAAGGCGAGGAAUGAAUACCUGCUGGCUCUGGAGGCUACGAACAGCUGUGUCUUCAAAUACUACAUCCACGACUUGUCUGAUAUCAUCGACUGCUGUGACCUGGGCUACCAUGCCAGUCUCCACCGUGCGUUGCGGACCUACCUGUCAGCCGAGAUGAACGUGGAGGCCUCUAAGCACAGCGGUCUGGAGGGCCUGGAGGGGGCAGUAGAGAGCCUGGAGCCCAACGGGGACAAGCAGAGACUGAUGGAAACCUACAACAACGUCUUCUGUCCCCCCAUGCGCUUCGACUUCCAAUCACACAUGGGAGACACGGUGGGGUUAGUAUGUGCCCAGCAGCCGUUAGAAGGGGAGUUACUCCAGAGGUGUCAGCAGCUGCAGUCCCGUCUCUCCACCCUCAAGAUUGAGAAUGAGGAGGUGAAGAAGACUAUGGAGGCCACUCUGUCGACCAUCCAGGACAUGGUCACCGUGGAGGACUAUGAGGUCAGCGAGUGUUUCCACCACAGCAACUCCAUGGAGUCGGUCAAGUCCACCAUGAGCCAAUCAUUCCUCAGCAAACCCAGCCUGGCCAAGAGACGGGCCAAUCAACAGGAAACGGAACAGUUCUACUUCACGAAACUGAAGGAGUUUCUGGAGGGCCGGAACCUGAUCACCAAACUGGAGGCCAAACAUGACUUGAUCCAGAAGACCCUGGGAGAGAGUCAGAAGACUGACUGUUGCCUUGCCAGUGACAGGAGGAACUCUGCACUACGGAAUCAGGAGGCUGGCCAUGUCAUCCCUCUGAUGGUGGAGAGCUGUAUCCGCUUCAUCAGUCGCCAUGGUCUGCACCAUGAGGGCAUCUUCAGAGUGUCUGGCUCUCAGGUGGAGGUCAAUGACAUCAAGAACGCCUUUGAGAGAGGUGAGGACCCGUUGGCAGGAGAUCAGAAUGAUCAUGACAUGGACUCCAUCGCUGGUGUUCUAAAGCUCUACUUCAGAGGACUGGACCACGCCCUCUUCCCCAAGGAAGUCUUCCAUGACAUCAUAUCCUGUGUCUCAAUGGAGAACCUGCAGGAGAGGGCUGUCCACAUCAGGAAGGUUCUGCUGACUCUGCCCAGCAACACUCUCAUCAUCAUGAGAUACCUGUUCGCCUUCCUCAACCACCUGCCCCAGUACAGUGACCUCCUGUCCUCUCUCCCCAGCCUGUCCCAGUACAGUGACCUCAUGUCCUCUCUCCCUAGCCUGUCCCAGUACAGUGACCUCCUGUCCUCUCUCCCCAGCCUGUCCCAGUACAGUGAGGACAACAUGAUGGAUCCCUAUAACCUGCUGUCCUCUCUCCCCAGCCUGUCCCAGUAG